GGCGCUCUGGCUCUGGGCACCUCCGUACAUUCCACCGGCGGGCAACUCUGGCCAAAGGAAAUCCCCGAAUACUCUCGAAUUCCGAAUCCCUCUCUUCCCUCCUCCUCGUCCUCCUCCACCUCCACCUCCUCCUCCUCCGCCGCCGCCGCCGCCGCUGCUGAUGGCUGCCUCCUCCACCUCCUCCGCCACCAAAUCCCUCUUCCAUUCCCUCAAGAGGUUCUUCAAGGCACCCUGGGAGAUCACCGGCCCCUGCUCCGACCCCGAAUACCGGACCGCCCUCCCCAAAGCCACCGACUACCGCCACUUCUGCCCCGCCACUGCCCCGGGCAAGGUCUCCGUCCCCACCUCGGAACCCGAGACCGUCUUCGCCAUCGGGUACUACCCCCGCGACCGCCGCCGUGAUCGGCCCCCCGUCCGUCGUACCGUGCUAAAGAAGGCCGACGUCGAGAAGAUGAUGGCCGAGAAGACCUUCGGCCCCGGCGACUUCCCGCCGGUGUACCUUACCGAGCGGGUCCAGGAGGACGAGAACACCAGGGGAGGCGGGUACCAGAAAUAGGUCAGGGAGCUGUCAGAUUGUACCCAUGCAAAUAGAUGUUGCAUGCUCAUGGCUUUAUCUGACAAAGUGCUUUCUCAUCCUGAUAUUUUCUGGCUGCUUUUAGUUACGUUCCUGAGGCCCUUUUGUGUUUUUUGCUUUCCAAACCAGCUGAUGGAUGGUGGAAAAAUAAAUAAUGUAACUCGUUCCAUUUGAAUCACUUCUGUAAACAUCUCCAAUUAUGGCAGCCAUGUGGUUGAAGCUUCAUUAAAGAUUCUAUUGUUCUAUAACAUGUUCUGAAACUUCAUUAAAAUUUCAUCUUUCUUUAACA